UAUUAAAGCAAACUAAAUACUUACAGUUACAGAGGUUGUUUUAAGGAAUCUGUGUGUUGUUGUAAUUUAUGUACUAUUUAUAAUGUAUUUGCUAAUAAAUCCGUCUGAAAAUCCGAUGGAAGCAGCAUUCACCGGCGACGCCGUCAGCGACGGCGGCGGCGGCAGUGAGAUGUCGAAAUCAUUGGCGGUGAUUACGUGUACUGCGUUGGCAAUUUUCUAUGUUGCAAUCUUGUAUUCUCCGACGUUGAUUCUCCGUUUACAACCGCCGGAUUCGUUUCAAUCAUACAUGAUCCGACGGUUCAUAUGCGCCGCCAUUUCCUCUGUUUUCUCGCUCAUUGCCUGCUCUCUUAUCCUCCCUAUUCAGUGGGGCAAAUCUCACCUUUUCAGUGUUUAUGGCAUCAGAUUGGAUCAUAUGUGGCAAGCUGUCGUCUUUCCUCUGACAUUGACUUCCUUAAUGUACGCUGGCACCUUGAUCCUCAAGCUGUUAUUGUUGCUAGACUCUGGCCAAGAAGAUAGGGAAAAUGGAAGAAGCCUGUCACUUGACAGUAUUAAAAAUGUUGUCUAUGAAUUUAUUGAAUCGACCUUUUCACUGGCUUCCGAUAUUUCAGCAUGGCGCAAUUAUCUUGUGGCCCCACUUACAGAAGAGCUGGUAUUUAGAGCGUGUAUGAUACCUUUGCUUCUUUGUGGAGGAUUCAGCACCUAUACAGUGGUGUUUCUUUGUCCUAUAUUUUUCAGUUUAGCUCAUUUAAAUCAUUUGUUAGAAUAUGCUCAACGAAGCGGCAGCUGGCCCAAAGCUUUUGCGGUUGUAGGCUUCCAGCUCGGCUACACGGUCAUCUUUGGAUCAUAUGCUUCAUUUCUCUUUGUUCGGACAGGACAUCUUACCGCUCCACUAGUUGCUCAUAUUUUUUGCAACUAUAUGGGCAUACCUAUAAUAAUUUCACGGAGGACAGGUACUCGGCGGAAUUGUCAAGGUGCACCCAAACUGGGGAGAAAUUCAAAAAUAGCCAGAUUUACAAGUGGGAUGGUAACAGUGGCAUCUGUAGCUGGGCUGCUAGGUUUCCUCUGGCUUCUUUUUCCACUAACCACUCCUCAUUUGUACAAUGCCAUAACAGAUAAUUGCAUGUGCUGGCAUAGAUAUUGUAGUUGGAGCUAAUUUUCUGAAUUCCCAGAAAAUUCCUCUGAGAGUAAAAAAAUAACACAAAUAAUUUGGAAAUUUCUAUUCCUUCUCGAUUGAAUUAGUGAAGGGGAGCGUGACGUUAUAGGUCACAGGUUCGAGCCGUAGAAUCGGGCACUAACCUUGUGUUAGGGUAAGCAAUACCCUGUACCUUGCGUGAAUGCGAGACGUUUCGUGCAUCGGGCUGCUCUUUUCUUUUCCAUUGUAUUUGUAUUUAAUUUUCCUUUUUUUAACCCUUUAUUUAGCAAUCAUUGUCACGUCUUCUGAAAAAUCUGAAGGGAACUUUAUCAUGAGUUUACUAUUGAAACAUUUGCUUGAAA